CGUGUGUCCAUAAACAUUCCACUGGUCGGUCACAAUGGAGUGUUUAGUUAUGAUAGACACACUUUAUAAAUUAUAUUAGUUAAUAAUAAAAAUACUUUAGAUAUGCGCAUAUUUGCGACCGGUUUCACCCACUCCGUAUAACCUACUAACCCGUUUGACGGGAAGGGAAAAACGGCGCUGUACAUUAUAUUAUAUAAUAAAAUAACAAAAUAAUAAUAAUAAUAAUACCAACAACACAACAACGGUAGUCUCGCGUCGGUACAUCGAUGCUGCACACAAUAAUAAUAAUAUGUUGACGGAUUAAGGUCGUUUAUCACUAACAUUAUUUUUAUUGAAACAGUUUCUACCGCGAGACACCACGACGGCGUUUGUCCCGGUUCGAGAAGAUAGGUAGCCGCUGUUGUCGCCGUCGUCGUUAUCACGGAUUGUCGGACGAUGCUUAUCUCUAAUCACGUUGAUAACGUUGUUGUGUUUGCGUUCAAAGUGGUAUUGACAAAAAAAAAAAAUAAUAAGUUCUAAGACGUAUAUUAUUAGUACUCGUACUAUACCAUCAAUUUUUAAUUGCUCGUACAAAUGAGUAAUAAUAAUAUUACUUAAUGUGUAUUUUUACCGAUAUUUUGUCCUUUGGUUCGGGUUUGGCCACAUUGUUGACACUGUUCGUUUUCCGUUAACAAUAAUAAUAAUAACAGUGUAUCGUUGUAAAAUCGUCUGGUUAUUGUUUGCGGUGGCGCGAUUAAUUAUUGGAAAGUCGGAUUAGCACACAGAUAUCGGGUUCGGCGGCACAUAUUACCUUAUCUUCGAACCGACCGUUGUCGUCGACGUUCACUGGAAUCCGUAGCUUACGGACCCGUGUUCUACACCCAUCGCAGUAACUCAACGAUGAGUGGCCAGCAAGUGGCCGAUGGUGACGGCGCUCCUGGCGGUAGCAGCGGCAGCAGUAGCGGGACCAGCGGUGAUCACAGUCCUAUCGAAUGUAAAACACCACCAUCCAUAGCCAAACAGCACAGUUACGAGCAAAUUGAUCACGCCCACUUCUUGGCCAGCGACAUUGGCACUCUGUAUCUAAAUGACAGGUUUUCUGAUGUUGUUCUAGUUGUGAAUGGCGAACGAUUCCACGCCCAUCGAGUUGUAUUAGCCUCACGAAGUGAUUAUUUUAGGGCAUUAUUAUAUGGAGGUCUUAAAGAAUCCCAUCAGUCAGAAGUGAAAAUUAGUGAAGCAUCAGUAAACUCAUUUAAAAAACUGCUCGAAUAUAUUUAUUCCGGUCGAAUGAAUUUAAGUAUUCUAAAGGACGAAGUGAUUUUGGAAAUAUUUAGUCUUUCAAAUUUAUUUGGAUUUUCAAACUUAGAACUUUCACUGUCCAAGUAUUUACGAAGUAACAUUAAUGUACAUAAUGUAUGCUCGAUGUUUGCUGCAGCACGUCUUUAUCAACACAAAGAACUCGUAGUCGAAUCACUCAACUUUAUCGACAACCACGCUUUGGACGUAUUACAAUCUGAGGCUUUUCUGUCUUUGUCGCCCGAAGCACUACAAGAAAUUCUCAAUCGUGAUUCGUUAUAUGCUUAUGAAUUGGAUAUAUUUCGCGCGGUUUGUCGCUGGAUCAAAGCGAAUCAAGACGACGAAGAUCCUGAAGCUAAAAUUAAAGUUCUAUCUGCUGUGAGGUAUCCGUUAAUGAGUCUUGAUGAGCUUUUGUCUGUGGUCAGAGAAUCACAGCUGGUUAGUUCAGAUAAUAUUUUGGAUGCUAUACAAUUAAGGAACACGUUGCCAUCACAUAAACUUAAAUUUCGAGGACAAUUAAAACCCAAUUUGAAUAUUGCUCAUCCUUCUCAAGGCACUCAGGUUAUGCAGGGAGAAAUGCGAUCGGCAUUAUUGGAAUCGGAUUCCAGUGUUCAUGAUCAUGAACGAGGUUGUACAAGACAUCUGAUUAAUGAAACUGACGGCGGCAUUAUGAUCAAAUUGGGUCACCCAUCAAUUAUAAACUAUAUUAAAAUGCAGUUAUGGGAUAAAGAUUUAAGGUCUUACUCUUAUUACAUUGAAGUUUCAAUGGAUCAGCACGAUUGGGUGCGUGUCAUAGAUCACUCAAAUUAUUAUUGUCGAUCAACUCAACGUUUGUGGAUUGAUCCUCGCGUAGUUCGGUAUAUACGUAUUGUCGGCACUAACAAUACUGUUAAUAAAACUUUCCACGCUGUGUCGAUGGAAGUCAUGUACAAUACAGAAGAAAUGCACUUGGUGGAAAUCGAAAAAGGAUUAGUGGCUCCAAAGUAUAAUGUUGCUACAAUGUCUAUGAAUGCAAUUGUAAUAGAUGGUGUAAGUCGUUGUCGCAAUUCACUGUUGGAUGGAAACUAUAAGGACUACGAUUGGGACUGCGGUUAUACAUGUCAUCAGCUAGGGUCGGGUUGUAUACUUGUUCAACUCGCACAACCAUAUAUGCUUAGUUCAAUGAGGAUGCUGCUCUGGGAUUGCGAUGACCGAUACUAUAGUUACUAUAUUGAAGUUUCUGUCAACACUUGGGAUUGGGAAUUGAUCGUAGAUAAAUCCAAGGAGUUGACACGAUCAUGGCAGGUGCUGCAAUUUAAACCAAGGCCCAUAGUGUACAUUCGUAUUACUGGCGUUUAUAAUUCAGCAAAUGAAGUUUUUCAUUGUGUACAUUUGGAGGCUCCUGCUCAAGUAGCGUUAGAUUCCAACGUCGUUGAAGUAGAUCGAGCCGUAGCAAAUUUACAGGUUACACCAAAAUUGGAGGACAACGAAACAGAUGAUCCGAUAUUAGAAACAUCGACACAAGCUCCAGUCGUUUAAGCUAAAUUCAAAGUAUAAGCUUAUUUGUUCCUUACGCACUUAACAAGAUAGACUGAUAUUAAUAUCAAAUUAUAUUUUACUGUUAUAUUAUUUUUUCACUUACAAUAUUUAUAUAUAUUUUUGUUUUUUUGUUUGUUUUAUAAAUGUAUGAAGUAUAAUAUUUUAGAAUUCUCAAAUUUUGUAAUUAUACCAUAAACGAAACUGUCGAGACCUUUUAUUUUGCCAAUCGUAUUUUAUCUUGUUUUGUCUUUGCACUAUACUUUUAUUUUAUAAAAAAAAGACCUGUAUAUUUUAU